AUGGCAAUGAUAGCAAUGGUUGUUGCAGUCAUCAACCAUUAUCAUCCUUUCGUGGUGGCCACUCGGAACUCGACAGCGUUCACGGAUUCCUUGACGGUGUUUAACACGUUUCUGGGUUUAAUCGUCUCGUUCCGGUUGAAUUCGGCCUUUACGCAAUGGCGUGCUGGUAUGGUGGCAAUAGGGGCACUAUCCGAAGCUGCACGGGAGAUCGUUGGCUCCGGCUGUGCGUACGUGAGCACAACUAUCAGGGAAGAACUCAAGGAGCACAGUGUGGAGGACACGAACGACCACGCCUUUGCUGACGCAGCAAAGCGCAAUGGUCGGACGCUGGAAGAGGAGAUCGAGCUGGGCAAAAAGCGUAAUCACCUCGCCCACAAGCAUCAGCCUAUUCCACGUGAUGUUCUGGAGAAAUGUACGUUCUUCACCGAGUUACGCCGUCUAGUAUUCCUGUACAUUGCCAUUGUAUUCCACGACUGUCGUGGCCGUGAUGGUAUCGACAGGUUGAAAGACUCGGGUGUAUUGACUGAUGCUGAAUACGACGAGCUCUACGCAUGCGGUUCGGAGCACAAGAAAGAGGUGAAAGACAAGGAAUCGUACCGUGCGUUGGUUCGUCGUACCCCGCACAAGCUUCGUGCCACGAUCACUGAGCUUUGGCUCAAACGAUUGGUGCAAGUUGCAACACGCCGUGGCCACCUGACGCUACCCAAUGCCAACAAUUUGCAGAUCAAGAUCGCGCAACUACCGAACCUGUACACAACGGUAUUCAACAUUGCAAACGUCCCGAUCCCUUUCAACUACAUGCAGUACCUGCAGUUCCUACUAGCAGGGUAUAUGCUACUGUACACUUUUGUGAUCGUGCCGAACUCGGGACUGUAUACCCCGAUUUGGGUGUUUUUGUGGGGCACUUUCCUCUUCAUGGCCGACGAAGUUGCCAUGGAAAUCGAAUGUCCCUUUGGCUUGGAUGCCAAUGACAUUGACCUGGAAUCUCGGCUUCUGCAGAUUGAGGAAGAACUCAUCGUGCUGAUCCGCAGUCAGUAUUAUUUCGUGACGGGGGGUGCCAGCCUUUCGAAAAUUCCAGAGAACUUGGAAGAUGGCUCUUGGCGUCAAGUACGUCUCGCAAAGCUGCAGUCGAAGCCAACGAUUGCGGAGUCAUUCUCCUUCCACCAAGGUCGACUCUCUCCGUCGAAUAUGGCAACGGUACAGCAGGAUUUACUGCCUGAAAUCAACGAGUUCACUGCUUUGAUUCAAGACCCAUCGACUGCCAAGAAAAAUACAAUGGCGGACUCGACGAAAUCUUUUGAAUACGGCUCCACGGAUACCGUGGCAUAG